ACGCACAGAUUCAGCCACAUCAAUUAAUGCACCAACAACAGCAGCAGCUUCAGUUACAGCAGCAACAACAGAAACACCUGCAGCAUCAGUUUGUCCUUCAACACCGACACCAGCAGACCCAGCUCCAGCAGCCCCAGCCACAGCAGACCCAGCUCCAGCAGCCCCAGCUGAUCCACACCAGCACCCAGCUCCAGCCACUGCCGGCACAGCAGCCCCAGAGUGUGGCUGUACAGCCCAGUGCCCAGACCCAGACCAGCGUGCAUCCUCAGGCACAGCACUGUCAGACUGUUGUCCAGCAGAAACAUCAGGCCCUGCACCUUCAGGGGGCUCACCCCCCGAGCCCGGUCCUGCAGCCCGUCGCUCAGGCCCAGCAGAGUUUGCAGUCAGGCUCCCAGCCCGCCCAGCCGGAUGGUCUGCUCAACAGUCAUGGACAGACUCACCAAACUCACCAGCACCAACUGGCACCGCAAACAACUGCAGUAAAUCUCCAAAUCCAGCCAGCUGCACACGUGAUCCAGCAGUGCCAGAGGAGCAGCCAGGACAUUGGCAGGAGAGAGAAGCUGGACACAGCCGUUGAGAAAGGGCCCUCGGAGAAAGCUACAGCUCAGACAGCCCCUCAGACCUCCACAUGCUUAGCAACGUCCGAUCAGAAGAAAACUGAAUCCACCAAGUCAAUAACACAAGCUACUCUAAAUCUAAGUAUACUGAGUGUGAUGGAUUACUUGCCUGGAUGAGUGCAGCUCUGACGACGCUCAAGAAGUUUGACACCAUCCAGGACACAGCAGCCCACUUGAUUG